UUACAGACAGGUCUGGAAGCCAAUCGAAUCCUUCUGCAGUCGGUGUCGCCCCGCCCACACAAGUCACCAAAGACCAAGAAGAAAAAGAAGAGUCCUUUGCGGCAGCAACAGCAGCAGAGUCCGACAGAGCCACACUACCGACUCAGCCUGCGAGAUGUCCCCUUCGUAACCGGCACAUCCACAGGCACUAGCCACUCUGUGCGUGCUAACGUGCAGCAUGUCUUAAACCUCCUGAAGCAUCAUAACCCUCAGCUGUGCAACAGCGAUGUGCUGGGAGCCACGCCAUUGGCCGGCGGCAGCGCCCGACAGAGCAGGGCAACCAAUGGCAAGGGCUCGUCUGGCCAGCUGAGCAGUAGCUCCUCCUCUUCCUCCUCCUGUGAAGAUCUCUCCGAGCUGCUGGGGGCACUGCAGCAGGAGUUUGGAAACAUCAGCCUGGAGCAUCAGGAGUGUGUGCGGCGGUUGCAGUGUGUGAGCGGCUCCUCGGUGCGUAUGAAGCUGGAGAGGGAACAGGAGACGCUACUGAAGAGGAUGGAGGACAAGGGGGAACAGAUAGCAGCGCUCAGGAGACAUCAAGCACAGGUGGAUCGCUGGCGUCGAGAGAGGAAGAAGGCAGCGAAGGGGGGCCAGGUGCGAGUGGUGACCACGGUAACAGGGGGUGGAGCCUCGACAACCAGUGUACGCAACACAUCGCCACGGCGACAACGCCACGGAGACACGCACACACGCCACGGAGACACGCACACACGCCACGGAGACAGCUUACAGCUACUCAGAGACAUGAGAUCACUGCAGAGCUCACUACAGACACACUGACACACACACACACACACACACACACACACACACACACACACACACACACACACACACACACACACACACACACACACACACACAGCCUACAACUACUUGGGAGACAAUCAACGCAUAAAUCCAGACACACACACACACACACACACACACACACACACACACACACACACACACACACACACACACACACACACACACACACACACACACAUACAAACAUACAACUGCUCAGACACAUGAAAUCACUGCAAAGAGACCUGUAAUGUUUGCUCUUCAGAUACUGUAGAUGUGUGUUUGCGUGCUGGGACAGAGGGAUUAAGGUACCAAGUUGGGGCUCCUGAACAAUCAUCCUCCAUACGCUGCCCUACAGUAUGGCCAGUGGUCUUACGGGAGGCCAAACGUGAUCAUAUGGGUCGAAUGUAGCAUACACUGUACACAUUAGCGGAAGGAAGGAAGGAAGGAAGGAAGGAAGGAAGGAAGGAAGGAAGGAAGGGUUUUCAUAAAGUAGACUAGACUAUGCUGCCUCGUGCUGGACCCAGUACUAUGUAUCCCUGGUGGAGCACCACAUACUGCCUGGUGGGCUACUACCAUACAGGGGGCGUUGGGAGGCUUAUGAUGAGGUCCAGGGGGUGUUUAUUCCCAAAAACCAAUAUCGAAACCGAGAAAAAGGCCUCGGUAUUAUGGUUGGAUAUUACAGGUGCAGCAAAUUUGACAUGGCGAUAUCGCUAAAACGGUACGCAUUUGGACCAAAAAGGCUUUGUGACAAGAUGAAGUCAAGACCAAGACCAAGUCAAUUUUGACAAAAUAUGUAGUUACUGCACUUUUAGUACGUAGUGCAGUAUACUGUACUAUACGAGACUGCCUGGUGCGUGGUGACUGUCAUAUGGUGGGCCUUGUCUAGCAUAGUUUUACACUGCAAUGCUGUGAAGGAAACCACACACGUUUCGGGCCACCCUGGCCCUUCCUCAGACCAGACUCACCCUGUCUGAGGAAGGGCCAGGGUGGGCUGAAACGUCACAAAAUAAAAUGGCUUAAAUGGGAGCUCAUCGGUGUGCGGUUUUCUUCACUGCCUAUGGACCUGAAUGACCCUAUUUGAACCUGCACCCGAAAGCAGUCUCUGGAUGUGCGUGAGAUUCGAUUGGGUUACACGGCAAUGCUACCUUAUUAGGUGGAAAGAUGAGGCUGGCCCACUUGCCCUGGACCUGAUACAGCCGUUCAUUUAUCAGUCACAUGUGUGUGUCUUUUGUUUGAAGAUGAAGAUUAGUUUGAUAACUAUAUUUUGACUGUUACCUUGACAACCUGCCAUUACAGGAUGGGCACAAAGACCCCUGAGUGUGUUUGUGUGUGUGUGUGUGUGUGUGUGUGUGUCUGUGUGUGUGUGAUGGCCAACGUCACCAUUCUGACCAAUGACACUCCUUCAGGUUUUGUGUGUGUGUGUGUGUGUGUGUGUGUGUGUGUGUGUGUGUGUGUGUGUGUGUGUGUGUGUGCGUGUGUGUGUGCACGUGUGCGUGCACAUUUUGUAUCAGAGGUAGGCCUUUUCACUGGUGUGUGUGUGUGUGUGUGUGUGUGUGUGUGUGUGUGUGUGUGUGUGUGUGUGUGUCUGUGUGUGUGUGUGUGUGUGUGUGUGUGUGUGUGUGUGUGUGUGUGUGUGUGUGUGUGUGUGUGUGUGUGUGGUGAGAGAGGGAGAGAGAAAGCAACUGUAACCAUUUCAUUGGUGCUGUUUGAGUUGUACAAGAGCUUUUAAAAUAAACUAUUUAUUUUGUA